AUGGACGAAAAGGAUACUAGGACUUCCAAUAGUCCAGAGCGCCGAAGUACCGAUGCAGUCAACCAAUCAUCAGACACAACAGACAAUGUCAAGACAUACCCGCCAAAGAAGGUUGUCCUUCCAACGAUGAUCGCCCUCUUUCUCGUUUUCUUCCUAGUCGCAUUGGAUCGAACCAUCAUCGGCACAGCUAUACCAACCAUAUCCGCCGAGUUUGACAGUUUCGGAGACAUCGCCUGGUACGAAUCGGCCUUUCUCCUACCUCUUUGCGUCUUUCAGCUCUCCUUCGGCCUUGUCUUCAAGUACUACUCCACGAAAUGGAUCCUCUUUAUUCUUACCGCAAUCUUCGAGAUUGGAUCUAUUGUCUGUGCCGCAGCGCCCAAUUCAAAUGCAUUGAUCGUCGGACGAGCGAUUACGGGCAUUGGUGGUGCUGGCAUUGGCUCUGGUGUGUUUAUCUACAUCACACUCUUAUUCCCCCUCGAAGAACGACCCAAAUAUCUCGGAUCAUUGGGCUCCGCGUUUGGCAUCUCUUCGAUCUUGGGUCCGAUUCUUGGAGGCUACCUUACAUCUGUCAGCUGGCGUUGGUGUUUCUGGAUCAAUGUUCCCAUCGGCGCCCUUUCACUCAUCCUUUUGUUCAUCCUCGCUCCUGACAGACCAUCACCCGUCAAGCCAGCCGCGACAUGGCGUCAGAAGUUCCUCGAUUUGGAUCCAGUAGGCUUCUUGCUGGUUGCAGGCUCAAUUGUCAGUCUCCUGUUCGCUCUCGAAUUCGGAAAAGAGGAUCGAGCGUGGUCUACUGGACGUGUCAUCGCCCUCUUCGUCGUUUUUGCAGUUCUUCUUAUCGCAUUCGCUGCAUACCAAAUCUGGCGAGAUGAAAAGGCCACUAUUCCCCCGAGAAUCCUGCGUCAACGAACAGUGUUGGCUGCGUGCCUUUUCAACUUCUUCAUGGGGACUGUACUGGUCAUUUAUGCCUUUUACAUUCCUAUCUGGUUUCAGGUUGUCAAAGGGAAGUCACCCCAGGACUCUGGCAUCGCUCUGCUACCUUUGCUGCUCAGCAAUGUGGUGUUUGUUAUUGUCGGUGGUAUCUUGGUUAGCGCACUUGGAUACUUCACACCUUUUGCUAUCGUGGGAAGUGCAAUUCUGAUUGUUGGCGGUGCGCUUAUCACAACUUGGACAGCAGAUGAAAGCCAGGGCAAAUGGGUUGGAUACCAGAUUAUCACUGGUACAGGUAUGGGUUUGGCAUUGCAACAACCAGCCAUUGCAGUUCAGUCUGUGCUAUCAGAAAGUGAUAGUACAGUCGGUCUUUCUAUCCUCAGCUUUCUCGGCUUUCUUUCAGGAACAGUAUUCAUUACCGUUGCUCAAGCUUUGCUUCAAGGACAGCUCGACAGCAGGAUCUCGCAAAAGUUCCCUGAAAUCAACACAGAGCAGCUGAGCAACAGUGGAGCUGCAAGUAUUAGAAAAUUGGUGUCGGAGGACAAGAUGGAUAUCGUGUUGGAUGCGUAUAACGAUUCUAUGAGGUCAAUUUGGUAUCUUGCUCUUGCCAUGGGUGCUGCUUCUUUGGUAGUGUCUUUGGCUUUUGAAUGGAAGAAUGUCAAGGCAAACAAGAAGAGGGACGAGGUGAAGGAGGAAUCUUCUGGUUCCGUGUCGGUCUAG